CUAUUUUAGCUAGUUGUGUUUCUAGUUCUUCGUGCAAAGCAAGAAGAAUGUCAGCCUCUUGAACAACACAACAAGAUACAACCAUCAGAUAGAAAGCAACAAUAUCAAGCAAGUGAAGGGCGCAAAGAAAGAUGGAAACUUACCCUUUUAUACAACUUUGCUGGUGUAUUGUUCAACACUUGGACUCCUUCUCCUAUCCCUGUCCAAUGACCAGAACUAGUAACAACUAGCAAGCACGAUCAGUAACUUCUUACAGGCAUGCAAGAACGUAGAGAAGUUCUUCUAGAAAUCCCAUCUACUUCACAAGAAUCUUAACUCUCAAUUUCUUCCGCUACUGUCCAUGGCAAAGGACUCAACGGAUCCAAACCGGAUAGAGUAGCAUCGAGAACACCAAGUAUCGGUGUAAAAUAUUUUUGGCAAACACAAAAAAAAUAAGAAUCAUAUCAGCAAAAGUCCAAAGACUAGUUGACACUUCCUCUUUUGAGAAAAGAGAGGAAAAGAUUGCAGAGCUGCCCGUUCUCACUUUUUUCCAGACAAAAUCCUGAAGUUGAUAUAAACUUUAAAUAUUUUUUACUAAUAAGUUUCACAGUACUACACUAUACACUCUUCUAAUAAAAACGAGGCUUACAAAACAGGUUACCAGAUCACAUUACUUAAAAUAAUUUAAAAUAUAUUUUAUAAGUAUCACACUACUUCAAUAAUUAUUGGAUAUAAAACCUAUCUAUUUAGGAAAAAUAUUUAUGAAACAGUUUUAUCAUAUCCACACAUUCGUAAAAAACAUAUUUGAAACACUAAUAUUUUUAUAGUUAAAGAUGUCUUAUAAUAUUAUCUUUUUAACUAAUCUAUUUUAGUUCAAAUAAAGUUUUUAUAGAAUUACACUAUUAACAGAAGAUAAACCACACAGAAAAUAUAUUAUUUCAUGCAAACAAUUUGUAUUCACAACUAAUAUAAAAAAUAUAAAAAUAUGGUGAAAAUCAUAAACAUUUAGCAAUGGCACUAUUACAUAAACCAACUUCUAUAACACUAAAAAAUAUUAUAAAAAUAAUAUUUGUAAUUGUUUUAUCAAGUAAACAAUUUAUGCAUCACUAUAAAAAUGAAAUAUAGCAGUGCAUGGCACGGGUCCUGAUCGACGAUAUAAUGCUAACUUGAUAUUUUAGCUACUGUCAAUGAACAAUGUAUCUACGCACAACACGGUUUUCCAAUAAAAAUACGGGUUAUAUUUAUAAAUGGCAUUUACACAAAUUAUGCAUUAUUUCAAAAAUCAUGCGAAUUUUCUAUAUUAUUUUGAAAAAAAAUAACAGCAUUUUGCACCAUAGUUUAUAAAAUAUUAUCAAAUCAUGAAAUUUUGAUUUUAAACAUAUAUAUGAAUAUAAAUAUAAUUCUCCCAAUUAUUAAAACAUGAACGGAACCGAAGUAAGGUAAGAUUUAACCGUUUCGUAAAUUUUUAAAUCCGAAAAAACACUUGACCAAGCCAAACCAAAAAAAGGGCCAGGUACGUAACGACCUGUUCCAGCCCAUCAAACUCUUCGAAUUACGUUCUAGUCAUAGUGUACGUAUGCGCAACUUUUACUUCGAAUGCUUUGGAAACAGGAGGAGCAUUUGAUUAUUAUUAUUAAACUUCCAUUCCGUUGAUUGGCUAUAUAUAUACUAGUAUAAAGGAAUAACAGUAUUCAUCAGAAAGAUAAAGAAACGAAAAGGUUUUCUGUUGUGGAAGAAGGCUUUGAUCUUAUAUCGUUAUGGAGUGUAACUCAAGCGAUUCAAAUGUUUCGAGGCAAAAGAGGAAACGAACAGAGGACGACAAAACACGCUCUGCGAUGCUUGAUUUUGGUGUUCUUGAUUGCCCUAUUUGCAUUGAGCCACUCAGUAUUCCUAUAUUCCAGUGUGAUAAUGGACAUUUGGCUUGCUCCUCCUGCUGUCCCAAAUUGAAAAAUAAGUGCCCUUCAUGUGCUCUUCCUGUUGGCCACAGUCGCUGCAGAGCAAUGGAGACUCUUCUUAAAUCCGUUUUCCUCCCAUGCCAAAAUGCCAAAUAUGGAUGCACCGAAAGUGUAGCUUUCGGGAAAGAACCAACACAUGAAAAGGACUGCACUUUCGCUGAGUAUUGUUGUUGCCCUGUACAAUACUGCAAUUACGCUGGCUCAUACAUUGAUCUCUACCUUCACUACGUGUCUUCUAAUCACAUGACAGUUUCAGAACAAAUACGUGAUGAGUUAUGUAUUGGCAUUUCAUGUGGUAUCAAGAUGAACAUCAGUGAUAAGAUAUUAAUUCAAAGGGCAACUUUUGUUCAAAGGGCAACUGUGGAGAGACUAUUGUUUGCAGUGCAAUGUUUCAAGGAGCCGUUUGGGGUGUACGUUACUGUAAGUUGCAUUGCACCAUCUAUUCAAGAAGUUGGACCGUUCUCAUAUCGUCUCAUCUACACUGUGGAUGGACAAACUAUCAUUUACAAAUUAUCAGAGAUGAAGAAGAUUCGGGAAGUGAGCUUACAAACCCCUCAAGAUAACUAUAUGUUGAUUCCUCACAGUUUAUUGUGUGGUGAAUCGUUGGAAAUGAGGCUUUGCAUCAAGAUGUUGAACAUAGAGCACCACAGUUAAAGAGAGGGAUAUGAAAGGUCUUUUUUUUUGCUUUUUUUUUUCCUUAUGUGAACUCUAUCUAUCAGCUGGUCUAGUGUGAACUCUAUCUAUCUAUCUGGUAUGAUUUAUUUUGCGUGCUUAUUGUAGUUUGCUUUUGAGUUAGAGGGAUACAGAAGGUCCUUCUGAUUUAUAAGAUCGGAUUCAGUUGCUGUAGCCCAUUACUUAUAAUGAGCUCAAUAAUUUUAUAUGUGGAUGUUUCUUUGAUGCUCAGAUGAACAACAUUGACAAUAGUUUAGUUCCUUGUGAAUAUAGUGAGGAAAAACUAUUGUUAGGCUCAGUGUUAAUGGUACUGUUGGAUGCACUGAAAGUCUGAACCAUCUGCUCAAAGAAUAAUGGAAGUUCUCAUAUUGGUUUUAUUUAUGACUCAUAAGU